UAAAAACGUAACGCUAUGUCUACCUCAACAGCUGAACACGACUCUUACUUAGUUGAGAACUGGGAUACAGAAACCCUUAUCGAUUUUUUGAAAGAGCAGAACCUCAAGCUCGAUGACGAUGACUUGGGAAUACUCCGCAACGAAAAAAUUACCGGCCUUUCCUUUCUCGACAUGACCAAGGACGAUUUUAAGGAGUGUGGUUUGAAGAUAGGACCAGCAACACUUCUCGCAAAAGAGGCCAAGGCCCUCAAAGAAAAGCCGAAGCGUGCGUUCUCCUCGUACAAGAGUUUGAGUGAGGUGUUAGCGAAAUACGGUAUUGAUGGCAACGGUACAGACACUAUCCCGCUUUUUUCACUGCAGUCAUAUGAGAUAGAGGAUACUAACGAGCACUUCAAGCAAUGUAUGGCGGAAAUAUUAGUCAGGCUGAAAAAUUACGGAACUUUGGUUGUGGAUAGCUUGGAAGCCAUGCGCAAUGAGUACGUUGUGGCCAUUCUUCAUUCCGCUAUAAAUAUAACCAGGGAUGACACAGGGAAAGAAUUAAGUAUGAGGCCUGAAUAUGAAGUAAUAGGUGAAGAAAGCUCUGGGCGGGUUGAUUAUGCGAUCAAGGAUGUCGAGAACCUUAUUUGCAUUACGGAGGACAAACCACAGCGGAAUGUAAUCGAAGGCUUCGCUCAGAAUAUCAAACAGCUCGAGAGUUCGUACGAAACGAACAAGAAGAAGAGAAAGCGGGGCGAUGGGGAUGACUACGAUUAUCUAUAUGGUAUAGUGACAACAGCUCGAGACUGGCACUUCCUGCUCUAUACCCCUGGAAGAAUUUCUCAAGGAAGCAAACUUCCGUUAAGCAUCGAAUUUUCCGAAGAUGCUUUGGAUAAAAAGUCCGUGGAAUAUCAAACGCUGUGUAAUGGCGUGAAAAAGGUUUUAAGUGUGGUGGUAGGGAUAAUAAAGGAUAGGGCAUGUGCGGAGGAAGAACCUGAUAGGAAGAGGGUGAGGGUAGAGGGAUAUCGAACGAAAAAAUAAUCGCCUAUUUACAUGUAUAUUAGCCUAGACGUCAUGUAUCAUGGGUAAUAUCCCGAUCUUGUAUUUAUUUUU